AAAUUCAAAACCUCUAUUUAUACAUGCCUUCUCAACACAACACCACAUACUCACUCACACGAAGCAAUUAGCUUCACCUCUCUAUCCCCAUAAAACAAAAACCAGAGUAGUGCUCUUUACGAGAGAAAAAGUAUCUCUGCUGUGCUGCCAGUAUACCACACACAGAAACAGCAGCAGCAUUCACCACCACCACCACCACCACCACCUCUUCCUAUACACAUCUCUUCCAUCAAACUUUCAUAUAUUGAAAGUUGAAACAAUCAUAAGUUAACCAAACAUGUGUGAAUCAAAGACCAUAACCACUAAAACAACCAUGACAGUGGUGGAGGAUGGUGGUAGCGUGUUCCUCGACGACCCGGAGAAGCAAGCAGCGUGGACGAAUACUCCACGCUCCACAAUGUGGGAGGUGAUAAGAGAAUCCAAAUCCCUCAUGGAAGUUGCGUUUCCUAUAGCACUCACAGCUCUCAUAUUCUACACACGCUCCAUCGUCUCCAUGAUCUUCCUCGGAAAACUCGGCGAUGUGGAACUCGCAGCAGGCUCACUAGCCAUAGCUUUUGCCAACAUCACCGGCUACUCCUUCCUCUCCGGCCUCUCCCUCGGAAUGGAGCCUCUCUGCUCGCAAGCCUUCGGCGCCAACCGGCCUAAACUCCUCUCUCUCACCCUCCACCGAUGCAUCAUCUUCCUCUUAGCAUGCUCCAUCCCCAUUUCAAUCCUCUGGUUAAACAUGUCCAGAAUCUUCAUCUUCUUGCACCAGCAAGAAAAAAUCACAGUACUAGCACAGAACUAUCUUCUUUUUCUCCUCCCUGAUCUUAUAACCAACUCCUUCCUCCACCCAAUCCGUGUCUACCUUCGCGCACAGAGCCUCACCCACCAGGUCACGUUAGCGUCACUCGCCGGAACUCUCCUCCACAUCGCCUUCAAUUUUAUUUUAUUCCACCGCGGCGCCGCCGGUAUCGCCGCCGCCUCCGCCGCUUCAAACAUCUCCAUCCUUCUCUUCCUGGUGCUCUAUGUGUGGAUAAGCGGGGUCCACAAAGCCACGUGGACGGCGCCGAGCUGGGAAUGCUUCAGCUUCAGCGGCUUCCAGCCGCUGAUCAAGCUCGCCGCGCCGAGCUGCGUUUCCGUUUGUUUAGAGUGGUGGUGGUAUGAGAUCAUGAUCGUGCUCUGCGGGCUGUUAGUGGACCCCACCGCCACCGUUGCCGCCAUGGGGGUUUUGAUCCAGACGACGGGAUUGAUCUACGUUUUCCCCUCGUCGCUGGGACUCGCCGUGUCCACGCGCGUCGGGAACGAGCUCGGCGCGAAUCGGCCGGCUCGGGCGAGGAUGUCAGCGGUGGUGGCGGUGUUUUUUGCCGCCGUGAUGGGGUUCGUGGCGGUGGUGUUCGCGUCGGCGAUGAGGCAUCAGUGGGGGAGGAUGUUCACCGCGGAUGGGGAUAUCCUGCGGCUGACCACCGCAGCGAUGCCGAUCCUCGGGCUUUGCGAGCUCGGGAACUGCCCGCAGACGGUGGGUUGCGGUGUCGUGAGGGGGACGGCGCGGCCGAAUGCGGCGGCGAAUGUGAAUCUUAGCGCGUUUUAUGUGGUGGGGAUGCCUGUGGCGGUUGCGCUUGCAUUUUGGUUGGAGGUUGGGUUUUGUGGGCUUUGGUUGGGCCUGUUGUCGGCCCAGGUUUGUUGCGCGGGCCUGAUGUUGUAUUUGAUUGGGACCACUGAUUGGGAGCACCAGGCCUUCCGGGCCCAGUUACUGACGUCGCUUGAUGAAUCAGACGGCCAGAAACAACCAUUGAUUCUCUCUUGAUGCUUAAUGAUGUAUUAUUCUAAUUAUUUAUUAAAAAGAAAUAUGUGAAUUACGAUUAAUUUUUUAUCCACCGCUUCUUUUUUGAGCGAUAUGGGAUGGAUGAAUGAUAAAGGAGAAUAUCAUAUCA